GGUGUGUAAAUGAUCUUGGAGGGCCAUCGCUUGGGUAGCAUGGACCUGCUUUUGGAGGAGAAGAUACUCAAGUUUAUUAGGGUUGUUGUUGUGUGCCUUCAAGUCGUUUCAGACUUAUCAUGACCCUCAGUCUAAAGUUGAAGGUGUGUAAAUGAUCUCAAAGGGCCGUAAUCGGCCCGUGGGCCAUCACUUGGCCUGCUUUGGGCGGAUAAGAUAGUCAAGUUUCUUAGGAUUGUUGUUGUGCGAUUUCAAGUCAUUUCAGACUCAUUGUGACUUUCAGUCUAAACUUUAAGGUGGGUAGAUGAUUUUGGAGGGCCGUAUCCGGCCUGCAGGUUGUAUUUUGAGGUCCCCUGCUUUACAUUUGGAAUAAUCGGGAAGGGCGUUACAUAAGACAGCAUGCAAUCUCUUGUUUUUUCCCCUCCCCCCAAAACGAGCCGAGAUUGUGUUGGUGUCAGAGGAGGAUAUGUUGACACAACUCAGCAAACAGAAAACCGUGCCAAGCUCUUGAGGCAAGAUCAAGAGAUUGCACAUCCCAUGCUGUUGCUCCACGUCUUGGGAGGAAAAGGGCUGGCACUUUACCUUUUGCUUAAGAGUUUUCUGCAACUGGGCGCAACGUCCCAUCUCUCCUGAAUUCGGGGAGAUCGUAAUCAGCCAAAGAAGACUUCAAGGGAAAAGGCAACCAUGGUAGGUUUUGUGCAUGAUGUGGAUACCAGUACGAGGGAAGCUUGGAAAGGAACUUUUUGAAAAGUGAUCAGUUACAUAUGUGUUGUCGAAGACUUUCACUGGAAUCACUGGACAUUAUUCUCUCUCUUAGGACGAUGAUCAAAGACAUCAGAGAGUUGGUGCCCCUCAUGGGCGGCAAGAAGGCCAACCCGCCGGUCCCUCCGCCCGACAAAAGACCGGCCGAAGGCACAUCCACAAAGAGAAGCGGAGUUGGUUCCACGUAUUCAGAAGGAACGCGGGGCACGUCGAGGAACCCCGCCACGCCGACGCAGGGGCAAACCCACCAGGGAAAGCUGGCGAAUCAAGUAGUCUCAUGUUCCCACUUUUUUCUCGAGAUUGAAGCCUUCGACAACAGCGGUGUUGAGCGAACAUCGCCGCCCGUUUUCUCCAAGCCCAUGGACUCCAACAUCCGCCAAUGUGCCUCUGCCAAUUGCGAAGAUAUGGAUUCCCCACAGUCUCUCCAGGAUGACAUGACCGAAUACACCCCAAAUGCAGAAAGCUAUUGCACGAACUCCUCGCAGCGUACGCGGCAAAGCAACCGACGGAAAAAAAUCAAGAAAUAUCUGUUCAGGGCGGUAUCAGAAGGCAACAUAGAAGAACUGCAGGGCCUCCUUGAAGAACUGAGGGAGCGGUCACAUGCGUGCAGGAAUAUGACCAUCCAAGAGUAUCUGAUGAAAAAGAUGACUUCUUCAGACACGGGCAAGACCUGCUUGAUGAAAGCCUUGCUCAACAUCAACCAGAACACCAAGGGGAUUGUGAAUAUGCUCCUCUCCUUUGCAGAAGAAAAUUUCAUCUUGGAGCGGCUCAUUAACGCAGCCUACACCGAGGAGGCCUACAAAGGGCAAACGGCUCUGAACAUCGCCAUCGAGAGGCGGCAGUACGACAUCACCCAGACCCUGAUCGAGAAAGGUGCCGACGUCAAUGCCCGCGCGGAAGGCGUGUUCUUCAACCCGAAGCACAAAUACGAAGGUUUUUAUUUUGGGGAGACCCCCUUGGCCUUGGCCGCUUGCACCAACCAACCCGACAUCGUCCAGCUGCUGAUGGAGAACGGCAAGACGGACCUCAUGUGCCAGGACUCCAGAGGGAAUAACAUCCUGCACGCCUUGGUGACCGUGGCGGAAGACUUCAAGACGCAGAACGACUUUGUGCGGCGGAUGUACGACGACAUCCUCUUGAAAAGCAAGAACCGGGACUUGGAGAUCAUGAAGAACAAGGACGGGUUGACGCCGCUCCAGCUGGCCGCCAAAACAGGGAAGCUCGAGAUUCUGAAGUACAUUCUCAGCAGAGAAAUCAAAGAAAAGCCCAUCCGGAGUCUUUCCCGGAAGUUCACCGACUGGGCAUACGGCCCCGUGCAGUCGAACCUCUAUGACUUGACAGAACUGGACACCACCUCGGAAAAUUCAGUCCUGGAUAUCAUUGUCUACAAUACAAAUAUUGGGAAUCGCCACGAAAUGUUAGCUCUGGAGCCUCUGCAGUCUUUGCUGCGGAUGAAGUGGAAAUGGUUCGCCAGGCACAUGUUCUUCAUGUCGUGCUGCUUCUACUUCGUCUACAACGUCCUGUUGACGUUGAUCUCCUACUACCGGCCUCACGCGGAUAUGCCUCCGCCUUACCCUCUCGCCAUGACCGACAAUCUGGGAUGGCUGCAGUUGACAGGCCAAGUGGUUGUGAUGCUGGGCGCCAUAUUUAUCGCGAUCAAAGAGAGUGUCGCCAUCUUCUUGCUCAGGCCUUCGGACCUCCAGUCGAUUCUCUCGGACGCCUGGUUCCACUUCGCAUUCUUCAUCCAGGCGGUGCUGGUGAUCUUCUCCGUCUGCUUGUACCUGCUUUCCUACAAGGAGCACCUGGUGUGCCUGGUCCUGGCCAUGUCCUCAGGAUGGGCCAACAUGCUUUAUUUCACCCGGGGUCUGCAGUCCAUGGGGAUCUACAGCGUCAUGAUUCAGCAGGUCAUUUUGAAUGAUGUGAUCAAGUUCAUGGCAGUGUAUAUCGUCUUCCUGCUUGGAUUCGGCGUAGCCCUGGCCGCGCUGAUCGAGACGUGUCCGGAAGACAGCAAGUGCAGCAACUACAGCACCCUGGGCAGCGUGGAGGUGGAGCUCUUCCGGCUGACCCUCGGCCUGGGCGACCUGGACAUCAACGAAAACGCCAAGUAUCCCAUCCUCUUCCUGCUGCUGCUCAUCUCUUACGUCGUCUUAACCUUUGUGCUGCUCCUGAACAUGCUCAUCGCCUUGAUGGGGGAGACGGUGGAGGACAUCUCCAAGGAGAGUGAGCACAUCUGGAGGCUACAGAGAGCAAGGACGAUUGUGGAAACGGAAAAGCUUUUACCCAAAUUCUUGAGGAAGAAAUUCCAACUCGGAGAAUGGUGCAAAGUGGCUGACAACGACACGCGACUAUGUUUACGGAUCAACGAAGUCAAGUGGACAGAAUGGAAAACGCAUGUGUCUUUCAUCAAUGAAGACCCAGGGCCAACAGAUUACAACCGAGUGCAAGAAGGCUCGCGGAGUAACAGCAAAACCACGUUGAACGCCUACGAAGAAGUGUACGAUUUGCCGGAAACGUCCGUAUAGCGACUGAGAGGAAGAUACUCUUUGCUUCAUCCUCCAAGAGGACUAGAACCCGGAUUUCCGAGCCUCACCUUGACGUUGUUUACCUCUCGGGACACCGAAACCACGACUACCUCAACCUCGGCUUGAACGAAAGGAACUCGUCUACUAUUUCGACCUCGCCUCCUGCAGUCUGGGCCUUAACGCUCCUGGGAAACCCAGGGGAUAUUUCAGGAUUUUAAUGUUUCGACGAACGUGGUGGUUCGCGAGUUGUCAAUAAACCCGGACGUCGCCGUCCCGCC